AUGUCCCAAUGGCGGUGUCUGGAUACUAGCCCAGAUGAGUUGAGGCUGGAUACUACCCUCAAAUGUGGUCAAGCGUUCCGUUGGAGACUCUCAGGACCUGACGAAUGGUCAUGCGCGUUCAAAGGGAAAUUGAUAUCGAUACGCCAGACGGAAACAACUGUAGAAUACAGGUCACACCCAACUACAACAACGGACGUUGAACUCUUUCUCAGAGAAUACUUUCAAUUACACGUCAAUCUGUCCGAUUGCUACAAACGUUGGAGUAAAGCCGACAAACAUUUUGCAAAGAUUGCCGGAGGUUUUAAGGGUAUCAGAAUCCUUAAACAGGACCCAGUGGAAAAUCUGUUUUGUUUUAUAUGUUCGCAGAACAACAAUAUCAAAAGAAUCGAACAAAUGACUUCUACUCUUUGCGAAAGAUAUGGGAAACCAAUUCACACUUACAAUUCGCAUACGUACUAUGACUUUCCCCUCGUCUCUUCACUCUCCCACGCGUCUUUAGAAAGCGAGCUGAGAGAUUUGGGUUUCGGAUAUAGAGCAAAGUAUAUCGCAGAGACGGCCAAGCUUUUGGAAAAGAGAGGAGAGGAAUGGCUGAUGAGAUUAAGAACGUCUGGAUAUGAAGAGGCUAAAGAACUUUUGACUCAGCUACCGGGGGUUGGCCCUAAAGUCGCGGAUUGCGUGCUUUUAAUGUCCCUCGACAAACCAAAUGCGAUACCGAUAGACACUCACGUCUGGCAAAUCGCAAAGCGAUCAUAUGGUUUCUCGUCAUCAUCCGCCUCAUCAAAAACGCUUACACCACGGAUGUAUACGGAGAUAGCAGAGUACUUUAGACGAUUGUUUGGAGAGUAUAGUGGAUGGGCACACUCUGUGAGUGAAUAUAAGCGUUGUCAAUUAGGAGUUAGGGUGCUGUUCACGGCGGAUUUGAAAGUAUUCGAGAAUCGACAGGAAGUUACCAAGGCGCUGAAUGGAAUGGUGAAUGGGAAGAAGAGAAAAGCGGAUAGUCAAAAAAGAGGCAAGAAUGUUGAAAAAAUCAACCAAGAUUUCGAGAAUCUUGAAAAAAACAGUUUAAACACGGCAAAUGGACUUGUCGAUAAUAAUAGCAAGACUCCUAUCGAGAGUAUAAAUGCCGAUAAAGCGUUGAGACGUAGCUCAAGAUUGAGGUUGCAAUAA